AUGCACACUCCAGAAGCGCUGGCAAAGCAUUACGUACCCUACAAUGCCAAGGUACGUAUCAUGAUCUGCCUUUCUAAAACAAUCAAGAUCAUGUUCCCUCACAGGUUUUGGAAGUUUUUACCUUUCACUGAUUCAGAUUGAUGUUCAGCAUGCCACCAUGCAUACCUAUUGACAGGUCUCACACCUACCAAGGCUUUGAAAAAGUCAUGUUUACUUGGGAAUAGUUCUCUGAUAGUUUUCUGUUAUACAUAGUUUUGACUAUGGCUUUGUCAAAAAUAAAACCCUUUCAAUAUGAAGCUAUUGAGUUUUUCCUAGCUCUGAACAAGGUGUCUGCUUCACACUACAGUCAAAGAGCAAACACACACACAGGCAGCCUAUAAAAACUUCCUGACUGACUGCAAAGUAAACACAACAGUAGAUUCUGACUGGAAACCCACAGACCAUUACAAAACAACUGAUUUGUUUAGUCUUCUCUGUCUUUGUUAUGCGGCACACAUCUUAAAGGAAACCUCCCGGAAAGAAAGUCUCCCGUCUAGAGGUGUUUUCUGCUCUGCUUCACCCAAAGACUCCCCUCAUAUUGGAGGCAGAGCGCCUGUCAGUGAACAUCCAGCAGCUCCCGAGAUGUCUUAUUGAAGUGAAGCGAAAAAAGGCUAAAGUAGAAAGUCCAAACUGACACAUCUGCUGCCGCUCAAGACUGGAACAGCAGAGAGGAGAGCAAACAUAACAUCAGGCAGUGGAUGGGAGUGAGGGGCAGCAGGGAACAGUACCUUUGCCAAUAACCUUCCCAAGGUGAUGGAUCACCACAGGCUGGGCUUAGACAGUGGAACAGCCUUUACAGUCCAGCAGAACAGAAUGCAUAGGUCAGGAACGAGACUCACUCCAUCCCAUGUAGCAUAUCUGUCAUUUGCUGCAUCCACUUGCAGAACCCGGCUGCGCUCAUAUGUGUCCUUGAGUGCGGACAGCAUUUGUCACGGCGGUGCAAAUGCUGACACCAUUUGAAUACAGGCCCAUCCAUCUUUACGCUCUAUUGAUAGGAGCGUGAAGUGCCAUUUUUGGCAUCGUUUGCCAGAUUUUUGGCAUUGUUUGCCCAUUGUGUACCCACUGUGUGUUCUGUAGCGGAAUUAAAUCAUGAAGGAGGUAAGUGGAUAUAAUGUCAGAGACCAGUAUACAGUAUGGGCAGAACCACUGAUGUCCAUGGCUUGAAUUUUGAAACAAUUGUUGCAUCUCAUUAUGUUGAUGAAUGAAAAAUCUUAGGAAACCUUAAAUCGUUGUAUUAUUUGAUAUUACUCCCAAAUCAUGUUGAAACAGACUGGUGCCAUUACAUUGGGAGACACUAACGGGGAGAGUACAGAGUCUCAUUACUAAACUAGGCAAGCCAUAUUGAGAGCAACUGUUUCAUAGACAGAUGGAGUUUAGGUCUAAAGGUCAUUGGCUCCAUCUGUUGGAUAGCAGCAGUAGUGCUGCCUUUUGGGGGGGGGAUUCCUGCAAACCCUCCUAUACUCUGAAGCCUCUUUUUUUAUUUGAUACACAACAUAGAGACAUUGUAAGGCAUUCAUAGAUACUUUAACAGUCUUAUAGUGCAUUGUGACUUAAUUCUGUAUAACUGUAUGCCUAAAGUAAAGUGACACUUUUUUUUUUUUCCCCUUUUUAUUCUAGUUUCUUGGAAACACAGAAGUUGAUCAACCGAAAGGCACAGAGAUUGUUAAAGAUGCAGUUAGAAAGUUAAAGGUAAGUUAGUGAUAUACUUUAUUUCCUUGGAAACCUGAAUUAAAGCUGUGUUACAGAACUUCUUCAUCUAGGGGGGCUGGUGAGUAUAAAGACGGUCCCCGAAAUUGGACCUCAUUGGACAGAAAAGUGCACUCCAGGGCGGGCCUCUCUACGCCCACCAGCAACAGCUUAGACGUUUAGGUCAGUUUUUAUUUCCACACGUUGAUACCCUAAAACUCAGUAUUUUGUGGUUAACUGUAAUCAGAUACAUGUAACCAUACUGUAUAUUCUAGCCAGAAUUCAAGGUAUACUAAUAGCAACUAUCUUCCAAGUUAUACCUUCAUUUUGAGGACUGAGGGUGAGAGAAGAAGCAUGUAGCGUGUUGUACCCAGGAAUUUACUAUAGCAUGGAUCAUAAUGACUUACUAGUCAACUAAAAAAGACCGCUACUUAUAGCUAACCUCAUUUUCGUAAUCUUUAGAAAUAUAGAUUUCCCUCAGCUAGAGUUCAGCCAGUUUUACUGCCACCGAUCACCUUUGCUCUGCCUCAUUCUGCUAUCAGCAUGUCAGCUAAUCUGCUGUUUUCUUCUGUAAUAAUUUCAAUUGUGAGGCCAUUCAAGGGGAAACUUGUUUUCAUACCCAUCCACCCUUUUGUUACUUCAAGGUAUUGAACACUUUGCUGUUCAGUGAAUGGGUCAUGAUAGUUGAGUCAUCAUUGGCCAUAUUGUUGACCAUUGGUCAAAGCCAGACCCAAUCAGUACAGCACACUCCAAUUCACCCUGCCCCAUCUCUCUUUUGAUUCUUUCCUUUCUUUGUGUGCUUCUCCCUUUAUUUUCUGAACCUUACCUUAACACCACUGCCAAUGGAUCUCAAGUGUGGAGUUCAGGUCAGACCAAGGUAAGAUCAUUGAAUAUAGUCUUAUUUUGGGGAUUCAGCCUCUUGGUAUGUUGAACUCCACACUUGAAACACACUGAUUGUAGUAUUUUUUUCUUCUUCUUUUUCUCUCUCGCUCUGUUGUCUCCAUACAGUGAGGGAAAAAAGUAUUUGAUCCCCUGCUGAUUUUGUACGUUUGCCCACUGACAAAGAAAUGAUCAGUCUAUAAUUUUAAUGGUAGGUUUAUUUGAACAGUGAGAGACAGAAUAACAACAAAAAAAUCCAGGAAAACGCAUGUCAAAAAUGUUAUAAAUUGAUUUGCAUUUUAAUGAGGGAAAUAAGUAUUUGACCCCCUCUCAAUCAGAAAGAUUUCUGGCUCCCAGGUGUCUUUUAUACAGGUAACGAGCUGAGAUUAGGAGCACACUCUUAAAGGGAGUGCUCCUAAUCUCAGCUUGUUACCUGUAUAAAAGACACCUGUCCACAGAAGCAAUCAAUCAAUCAGAUUCCAAACUCUCCACCAUGGCCAAGACCAAAGAGCUCUCCAAGGAUGUCAGGGACAAGAUUGUAGACCUACACAAGGCUGGAAUGGGCUACAAGACCAUCGCCAAGCAGCUUGGUGAGAAGGUGACAACAGUUGGUACGAUUAUUCGCAAAUGGAAAAAACACAAAAGCACUGUCAAUCUCCCUCGGCCUGGGGCUCCAUGCAAGAUCUCACCUCGUGGAGUUGCAAUGAUAAUAAUAAUAAUAACAAUGAUCAUGAGAACGGUGAGGAAUCAGCCCAGAACUACACUGGGGGAUCUUGUCAAUGAUCUCAAGGCAGCUGGGACCAUAGUCACCAAGAAAACAAUUGGUAACACACUACGCCGUGAAGGACUGAAAUCCUGCAGCGCCCGCAAGGUCCCCCUGCUCAUGAAAGCACAUAUACAGGCCCGUCUGAAGUUUGCCAAUGAACAUCUGAAUGAUUCAGAGGAGAACUGGGUGAAAGUGUUGUGGUCAGAUGAGACCAAAAUCGAGCUCUUUGGCAUCAACUCAACUCGCCGUGUUUGGAGGAGGAGGAAUGCUGCCUAUGACCCCAAGAACACCAUCUCCACCGUCAAACAUGGAGGUGGAAACAUUAUGCUUUGGGGUUGUUUUUCUGCUAAGGGGACAGGACAACUUCACUGCAUCAAAGGGACGAUGGACGGGGCCAUGUACCGUCAAAUCUUGGGUGAGAACCUCCUUCCCUCAGCCAGCACAUUGAAAAUGGGUCAUGGAUGGGUAUACCAGCAUGACAAUGACCCAAAACACACGGCCAAGGCAACAAAGGAGUGGCUCAAGAAGAAGCACAUUAAGGUCCUGGAGCCAGUCUCCAGACCUUAAUCCCAUAGAAAAUAUGUGGAGGGAGCUGAAGGUUCGAGUUGCCAAACGUCAGCCUCGAAACCUUAAUGACUUAUAGAAGAUCUGCAAAGAGGAGUGGAACAAAAUCCCUCCUGAGAUGUGUGCAAACCUGGUGGCCAACUACAAUAAACGUCUGACUUCUGUGAUUGCCAACAAGGAUUUUGCCACCAAGUGCUAAAUCAUGUUUUGCAGAGGGGUCAAAUACUUAUUUCCCUCAUUAAAAUGCAAAUCAAUUUAUAACAUUUUUGACAUGCGUUUUUCUGGAUUUUUUUGUUGUUAUUCUGUCUCUCACUGUUCAAAUAAACCUACCAUUAAAAUUAUAGACUGAUCAUGUCUUUGUCAGUGGGCAAACGUACAAAAUCAGCAGGGGAUCAAAUACUUUUUUCCCUCACUGUAUGUAAAUGAAAGUGCUUUUGUCAUAUGGCCCUAAUCAGUCUAACUUGGUUAUAGGGUUUUGUGGAUAAGUGAAAAGCAUUUUAUAGCAGGAAUGAUCAAUCAGAAUCAUGUAUUCAGAAAAUGAGUGUGAAAUAAAGCUCUGAUCGCACAAUUUAUGUUAAUCCUAAUUCAAAUCAGUAUUGCACUGUGUUGGAAGAAUGCCAUUUUCUAAUUUACUUUGGAGACCCUUUUUCAGUAAAUAGGGCUAGUUAUAAUUAUUUUAUGAUAUCAUGAUGAUAUCAUUACUUUCACCACUUUCAAUAAUAGACUACACUUCAGAAUGAGCCAGGGCAAGUUGGAGUACCAUGACCAUCAUACUGUAGCUUUGAUAAGUUAAUUCUAAUGUUUCUACUCUCCCCUCUCUGUAGUUUCAAAGGCAUAUCAAGAAGUCAGAGGGACAGAAGACCCCGAAAGUGGAAUUGCAAAUCUCCAUUUAUGGAGUAAAGAUCUUAGAUCCCAAGACAAAAGUAAGUCCACAUGGCAUGGAUACUUUUAAUAAAGUUUUUUUAUGCAUAUUAUGGAAGCAUUCAUGUGAAGGGCUAUCAAGGAGGUAUUGUUGUCUUAAACCGAAGCAUUUGUGUUUCUUUUUAUUUUCAGGAUGCCCAGUACAACUGCCAGUUGCAUAGGAUAUCCUUCUGUGCAGAUGACAAGACGGAUAAAAGGAUAUUCACCUUCAUUUGUAAAGACUCAGAGUCAAACAAACACCUCUGCUACGUGUUUGACAGUGAAAAAUGUGUAAGAAAUACGAACUUUGAGAGUUAACGUCUUGAGUUCAUGUCCCACGGUAUCUGUGUAGAUGCAACAAUCCCUAGUUAAUGAUAAAGAUAAUGACCUAAAAUUAAGAAUUGUUUCUGGUGAAUCAUAGAUGGAAAUGUCGAAUUAUGUUCAGAACAAUUGUUCCUAUGCGGUUCGAAAUACAAUUUUAUAAGGAGUUUUGCACAAAACUCAUGGAGGAUACCGUUGUCUUCCAGGCAGAGGAGAUAACACUCACUAUUGGCCAGGCGUUCGACUUGGCCUACAAGAAGUUCCUCGAGUCUGGUGGAAAAGAUGUGGAGACACGGAAACAGAUAGGAACCUUACAGAAAAGAGUACGAUUCAACUGUUGGACCAGUGUGAUAUGGCAGAGACUGUUCCUUAUGGGGAUAGGGAUUGGAUAUACACUACUUUCUGUUUUGAAUGUAGAUAGCUAUGGAUCAAUUCCAAAACAAGCAUCCUUCUUUUUUGCAGAUUCAAGAACUGGAAACUGAAAAUUCAGAGCUAAAGAAGCAGCUUUCGGAUCUGGAGGAGCAGUUGAUGAUUGCUCCUGUGCCACCAGUAAGAACUGCAUGGACAUCCCUUCCGGUCUCUAGACUUUCCUAAGUAGCUCAUAAUACCCAAAAUAAGAUGUCUGUCAUGUUCUGUGUGAACUAACUAGCUACUUUCAGUCUUCCACUAAUUAUUCUGCAUGCAAUGUCUUCACAGCUGCUGCACAUAAACUCUACUAACGAGGCCUACAUGCUCUCAAGGCCCUCCUCGCUCUUCUGGUGUCACAAUCUGACGUCCUUCUCGUGUCUUGAGAUCUCCUCGGUCACACUCACCCCUAUGAGCUCACCAGAGUCCAACCUCUCGGCAGGGCUACUAACCCCUCCUCCGGCUAAAUCCGCUCUCCUUCCAAAGACUGCCGACGGAUGCAGCAUCCCCCGGCCUCGCGUACUGUACCACUAUCUUUCUCUUCCUGCCUUUUAUUUAAUUCUUAAUUUCUUUUUUGAUUUCUUGAUUUCUUGAUUUUCUUUCUUUCCUUCUUUUCUUAUUAACAAUAGUUAAUUUUAACUCGUAUACACUGAGUGUACAAAACAUUAGGAACACCUGCUCUUUUCAUGACAUAGACUGACCAGGUGAAUCCAGGUAAAACUAUGAUCCCUAAUUGACGUCACUUGUUAAAUCCACUUCAAUCGGUAGAUGAAGGGGAAGAGACAGGUUAAAGAAGGAUUUUUAAGCCUUGAGACAAUAAUGAGACAUGGAUUGUGGAUGUGUGCCAUUCAGAGGGUGAAUGGGCAAGACAAAAUAUUUAAAUGCCUUUGAACGGGGUAUGGUAGUAGGUGCCAGGCACACUGGUUUGAGUGUGUCAAGAACUGCAACGCUGCUGGGCUUUACACCCUCAACAGUUUCCCAUGUGUAUCAAGAAUGGUCCAGCACCCAAAGGACAUCCAGCCAACUUGACACAAUCAAUCAAUGAAUCAAUUUAUAAAGCCCUUUUUACAUCAGCAGAUGUCACAAAUUGCUAUACAGAAACCCAGCCUAAAACCCCAAACAGCAAGCAAUGCAGAUGUAGAAGCACGGUGGCUAGGAAAAACUCCCUAAAAGGCAGAAACAUAGGAAGAAACCUAGAGAGGAACCAGGCUCUGAGGGGUGCCAGUCCCCUUCUGGCUGUGCCGGGUGGAGAUUAUAACAGUACAUGGCCAUUAAGGCCAGAUUUCUCUCCCAAGAUGUUCAAAUGUUCAUAGAUGACCAGCAGGGUCAAAUAAUAAUCACAGUGGUAGUAGAGGUUGCAACAGGUCAGUACAUCAGGAGUAAAUGUCACUUUGCUUUUCAUAGCCGGGCAUUUAGAGGUUGAAAUAGCAGGUUCGGUAGAGAGAGACAGUUGAAAACAGCAGGUCUGGGACAAGGUAGCACGUCCGGUGAACAGGUCAGGGUUCCACAACUGUGGGAAGCAUUGGAGUCAACAUGGGCCAGCAUCCCUGUGGAAUGCUUUCAACACCUUGUAGAGUCCAUGUCCUGACGAUUUGAGGCUAUUCUGAGGGCAAAAGGGGGUGCAACUCAAUAUUAGGAAGGUGUUCCUAAUGUUUUGUACACUCAGUGUAUAUUGUAGAGUAGACAAUACAGAUACAUAAAGUAUGCUCAUCAAUAUUUCAUCAACUUCUAAGUCUUAUCUCAAUUAGUUAUAUUAGAACUACAGUCUGACUUGAAAUCUAUCUUCAUAACUCUGACUUCAGAAUAUACAAUGAGCUCCAAAAGUAUUGGGACAGUCACACGUUUUGUGUUGUUUUGGCUCAAGUAUUGGGACAGUCACACACUUUGUGUUGUUUUGGCUCUGUACUCCAACACUUUGGAUUUGAAAUGAGACAAUGACUAUGAUGUUAAACUGUAGACUUACAGCUUUAAUUUGAAGGUAUUUUCAUCCAUAUCAAAUCAAAUUUUAUUUGCCACAUGCGCCGAAUACAACAGGUGUAGACAUUACCGUGAAAUGCUUACUUACAGCCCUUAACCAACAAUGCAUUUAUUUGUUAAUAAAAAAAGUAAAAUAAACAACAACAACAAAAAAGUGUUGAGAAAAAAAGAGCAGAAGUAAAAUAAAAUAACAGUAGGGAGGCUAUAUACAGGGGGGUACCGGUGCAGAGUCAAUGUGGGGGGGCACCGGCUAGUUGAGGUAGUUGAGGUAAUAUGUACAUGAGGGUAGAGUUAAAGUGACUAUGCAUAAUUAACAGAGUAGCAGCAGCGUAAAAAUAUGGGGUGGGGGUGGGGGGGCAGUGCAAAUAGUCUGGGUAGCCAUGAUUAGCUGUUCAGGAGUCUUAUGGCUUGGGGGUAGAAGCUGUUGAGAAGCCUUUUGGACCUAGACUUGGCGUUCCGGUACCGCUUGCCGUGCGGUAGCAGAGAGAACAGUCUAUGACUAGGGUGGCUGGAGUCUUUGACAAUUGUGAAGGCCUUCCUCUGACACUACCUGGUAUAGAGGUCCUGGAUGGCAGGAAGCUUGGCCCCAGUGAUGUACUGGGCCAUACGCACUACCCUCUGUAGUGCCUUGCGGUCGGAGGCCAAGCAGUUGCCAUACCAGGCGGUGAUGCAACCAGUCAGGAUGCUCUCGAUGAUGCAGCUGUAUAACUUUUUGAGGAUCUGAGGACCCAUGCCAAAUCUUUUCAGUCUCCUGAGGGGGAAUAGGCUUUGUCGUGCCCUCUUCACCACUGUCUUGGUGUGUUUGGACCAUGAUAGAUUGUUGGUGAUGUGGACACUCAACCUGUUCCACUACAGCCCCGUCGAUGAGAAUGGGGGCGUGCUCAGUCCUCUUUUUUUUCCUUUAGUCCACAAUCAUCUCCUUUGUCUUGGUCACGUUGAGGGAGAGGUUGUUAUCCUGGCACCACACGGCCAGGUCUCUGACCUCCUCCCUAUAAACUGUCUCAUCGUUGUCGGUGAUCAGGCCUACCACUGUUGUGUCGUCGGCACACUUAAUGAUGGUGUUGGAAUCGUGCCUGGCCAUGCAGUCAUGGGUGAACAGGGAGUACAGGAGGGGACUGAGCACGCACCCCUGAUGGGCCCCCUUGUUGAGGAUCAGCGUGGCAGAUGUGUUGUUACCUACCCUUACCACCUGGGGGCAGCCCGUCAGGAAGUCCAGGAUCCAGUUGCAGAGGGAGGUGUUUAGUCCCAGGAUCCUUAGCUUAGUGAUGAGCUUUGAGGGCACUAAGGUGUUGAACGCUGAGCUGUAGUCAAUGAAUAGCAUUCUCACGUAGGUGUUCCUCUUGUCCAGGUGGGAAAGGGCAGUGUGGAGUACAAUAGAGAUUGCAUCUGUGGAUCUGUUGGGGCGGUAUGCAAAUUGGAGUGGGUCUAGGGUUUCUGGGAUAAUGGUGUUGAUGUGAGCCAUGACCAGCCUUUCAAAGCACUUCAUGGCUACAGACGUCAGUGCUACGGGUCGGUAGUCAUUUAGGCAGGUUACCUUAGUGUUCUUGGGCACAGGGACUAUGGUGGUCUGCUUGAAACAUGUUGGUAUUACAGACUCAGUCAGGGACAUGUUGAAAAUGUCAGUGAAGAAACUUGCCAGUUGGUCAGCACAUGCUUGGAGUACACGUCCUGGUAAUCCGUCUGGCCCUGUGGCCUUGUGAAUGUUGACCUGCUUAAAAGUCUUACAUCGGCUACGGAGAGUGUGAUCACAUAGUCAUCCGGAACAGCUGGUGCUCUCAUGCAUGCUUCAGUGUUGCUUGCCUCGAAGCGAGCAUAGAAGUGGUUUAGCUCGUCUGGUAGGCUUGUGUCACUGGACAGCUCACGGCUGUGCUUCCCUUUGUAGUCUGUAAUAGUUUUCGAGCCCUGCCACAUCCGACGAGUGUCAGAGCCGGUGUAGUACGAUUCAAUCUUAGUCCUGUAUUGACUCUUUGCCUGUUUGAUGGUUCGUCGGAGGGCAUAGCGGGGUAGAGCUGCCGCUCCUUGAAAGCGGCAGCUCUACCCUUUAUCUCAGUGGGGAUGUUUCCUGUAAUCCAUGGCUUCUGGUUGGGGUAUGUACGUACGGUCACUGUGGGGACAACGUCAUCGAUGCACUUAUUGAUGAAGCCAGUGACUGAUGUGGUGUACUCCUCAAUGCUAUCUGAAGAAUCCCGGAACAUGUUCCAGUCUGUGCUAGCAAAACAGCCCUGUAGCUUAGCAUCUGCGUCAUCUGACCACUUUUUUAUUAACCGAGUCACUGGUGCUUCCUGCUUUAGUUUUUGCUUAUAAGGUCUCAAGUUUUUUUUUCCUCUGGUUGCACAUUUAACAUUGAACCGUUUAGAAAUGACAGGACAUUUUGUACAUAAUCUCCCCAUUCAAGGGGACUAAAAGUAUUAGUACAAAUUCACUUAUGUGUAUUAAAGUAAUAAAAAGUUAAGUAUUUGGUCCCAUAUUUAUAGCACACAAUGACAACAUCAAGCUUGUGACUCUACACAUUUGUUGGAUGCAUUUGCUGUUUGUUUUGGUUGUGUUUCAGAUUAUUUUGUGCCCAAUAGAAAUGAAUGAUAAAUAAUGUAUUGUGUCAUUUUGGAGUCACUUUUAUUGUAAAUAAGAAUAGAAUAUGUUUCUAAACGCUUGUACAUUAAUGUGGAUGUUACCAUGAUUACGGAUAAUCCUGAAUGAAUCGUGAAUAAUGAUGAGUGAGAAAGUUACUGACGCACAAAUAUCUUACCCCCCAAAAAUGCUAACUUCCCCUGUUAUUGUAACGGUGAGAGGUUAGCAUGUCUUGGGGGUAUGAUAGUUCUGCGAUAUGAAUGAAAAUACCCUCAAAUUAAAGCUGACAGUCUGCACUUUAACCUCAUAGUCAUUGUAUAUUUUCAAAUCCAAGGUGCUGGAGUACAGAGCCAGAACAACAAAACAUUUGUCACUGUCCCAAUACUUUUGGAGCUCACUGUAGCUCACUAAUGCUCAUGGCAUAAGGGAAUAAUUGGAAUGAACCAAUACCCUCUACACUCACAGGCUGGCAGCAUCUCCUUGAAACCCCAGAUGUCCACAGAUGUUUUUGACAUGGUUCCCUUCUCUGCUGUCACACCCCUGGUACCAAUACCCGCAAGCAACGGCACACACCCGCCACCCCCUACAACAUCUCCUCCAGACAUAAGUGAGUACACUGCUCUGGUUACUUUACAGUUCAAGGAUAACAGUGAGAUUAAAGUUAUAAUUCAACCACACACAGAAUAAGGGAUAAAACACCGGUCGUGGUCAUUAGGGAGAAAGCGUUUUGGUUACACUAUAAUAACAUGAACAAUGCCUACUUAAUAAAUAAGUGUUACCAAUGUAAGCCCAUUUAUGUUACCAAUGUAAGCCCAUUUAAACACUCCUACGUUGUGGCAUCUCAUAUAGUAUCUUGUCUCUCCCUCACAGGUAAAGACCUUUUUGGUGCAGCACCUUUUGAUCCGUUCACCUGUGGGCAAGCUGACUUCCCCCCAGAUAUCCAGUCCAAACUGGACGAGAUACAGGUGACUGCAUGUCUGUGAAUGAUCAAGCUAUUAUAAAGUGUUGGAGAGUAGACCUCCACCCUAGUAGGGGGGCCCCUACCCUCUCAAAUUGAUAAACUUGUUAGGAGACAAGUAGGAGAAAAAUCCCCUUAAAAGAUUUUGUUGAGUCUAGUGCUCUUAUUUGUUUACGCCCAUUCAGCAUCCCUCUUAAGCCAUAGACCCACCAAUGUCUUUAAGAAUUCACAUGUAAACGCAUAGCCAACUGUCAGCAUGGUCAACCCCUCCAUUAUCUCAGCCAGUCAUGGCUAGCCAGGAAGGAUCCUGUGUUUCUCCCUAUAAAGCUCAGCGCGUUCUCGUUGGCUAAACUAGGCUCAUAAUGUAACAUUUGUAUUCAUAUUUACAGAUCCCAUACAAGUUUGUAAUUAAUGCACAUGAAAGUUCACCCUACUGUGAAGUAGGUACUAGUGUCAUCCGCCCACUUUGGGCUGACUUGUAAUCCACAUUCACUUCUCUAUUCCUUAUGAGAUAUACUGUAAGUAUUUUGUCAAAUGAGCCAUGGGAUUUUAGGGCUUGAAUGGAAUAUCAUUAUAUUCUAUAUUUUAGCUAUUUCAAAGCUAUUGUUACAAAGUAUUAGUUGUCACUGAUUGAUUACAGAUGCAAAACAAUAAUUGUUGUCACAUCAUCGAUGCAAAACAACAACUGUUAGUUGUUAUGUUAUGGAUGCAUGAGUAAUAAUAAUAUAUUAUGUUCCCUUUAUUGAAUAUGCAUGUUGGGCUUUUUGUACACAUUCUGUUGCUCCGCAUGAAUAGAUACUUUUGUUAAUAACUGUCAUUAUCAUAAUUGGAGCACAGCUUAUCUGUAAUUACAAAUACAAUGUCAGUCUUUUACAUAAAUGCCCAUGCUGACUGAGUCGGCAGAGGAAUUUAACUGUAAAACUGAAGCGUGGGGGUUGUUUUUAUAUUUCAAACUCUUUAUUUUAAUUGCAAUUGAACUUUGGGAACCUAGCGUCCAAACCUUUACAUAACCCCUCUGUCUGUGCAUGAAUAACAGUUUGGGAAUUUGAUGGAAUGCUGCAGUAGUUCCAGUAGGAGGCAAUGGUUUGCUAGUAUGCUGCUAAGCAUCUCUUCUUUCAUCUCCUUCCUGCCUUUUUCUGUCUUAACUAUCUGUUUCCAUAUAUUUUUUCCCCUUUUGCUGCAGCGUCAGAGAUGGUUUGUACCUUUACACUAUUUUGACCCAUAAGAACCCUUCUUGUGGCUGCCGGUAAUGUGACUGUGACCUUGUCAUCGUGAAUGAAUUUGCAUGUAUUCAGUUUGACUCUGUUGUAUACUCUGCAUACAGUCCAUCAGUAAAGUACACCCAGCAGGCUUUUUGAAACGUCUCACUUUCAUAAUGCUGGACACAUCUAUUGUAUGGAGUUGAAGUACAUUCGCCUAUAAACAAUGUGAUUUCUUAAAAACAUUAACCUUGUUUUAGCUUGUAUCAAGAGGAUGCAUAUGAGUUAAAAGUGUUUGGCUAUGGAAGCUUUACUUUUCUCAGUCAGUCAGUCUCUUUUAUUUUAUCUUUCGCGUCAACAACAAAAUAAAAUUACAUGAAUAAAUAACAAAUCUGAUCUAAUACUGUGUUGGGUGUACUUGGCUGCAACUAGUAUUAUCUUUGUCCAUCAUUUUGUAACUGAAAAUGUGUGGCAAAUGUGUUAUUGCUUGUCAAAAUGCUUCAUCAUAUUUGUGUUACUUGUUGUCUCUGGAACAAUCUAGGGUCACAUAGGGUCCGAUUUAUUCAAAGUCCUGUAGUUAUUAUUCUCUACAUCCAUAGGUCAGACAGAUUAUUGUGUACUUUGUGGUUUAGAUAUUAUGUUUCUACACUUAUUUAGAGGGAUUUGGACCAAAUCUUCCUCAGAACUUGUCAUUUCUCAGACUGCCUCUGAGAAGGACUUGGGCAUUCUAGAUUUCAUAUCCCCUAACCAUUCUUUUGUAGACUUGGAUGCAUGCUAUUUUGGACCAAACAAGAAUAAAAACUUGGGGCCAGAAUGACUCUAAUUUACAGAGUCUUGGUUACAGCUCACCAACUUGUCUCUCAACUUUGCUGACAUUGAGAAACUGUGUUAUUGAUUAUAUCGACUACCUUCGUUUGUUAUCUUUCCUCCUUUAGAGCAGGUUGACAUAGGAUAGAUUCUUUCUAACAACCAUUCUCCCCCUUGUUUUACAGGAGGGGUUCACAAUGGGACUAACCCUAGAGGGCACUGUCUUUUCUCUUGGCCCACUAGACAGUCGCUGCUGAUGCCAAGUAG